CACGCCAUGGCCGCAAUGAAUGCCAUUGCACCCUCCUCUCGCUAGCUACUCUCCGCAAUAACUCCACCCAUUCAAUACGCGCACCAGCCACCGUUCUCCUCCGGCCCCUUCCUCUCCUCCGUCUCCAUCCAUCCUCUCGUCCCCUUCCCCUUCCUCUUCUUCUCCGAUCCAUCUCUCCCGACACCUCCUGCCAGCUUCGUCGAGCUCGCAGUGGAUCGACAGAGGAAGAAGCGUCUGCGUAGCUGGCUGGUCCUCUUACUCCGUGGCGGGGGCAGAGGCAGACAGAUCUGAGCUCGGGUAUCGAUCCAUCGAUCGAGUGCAAGCGAGCUUCGAUCUGCCGAGGUUUUGCAUGGUGCGAGCGGGUUUCUAGCUAGCUAGGGUUUCAUCUUUGUCGGCGAAAGGAGGAGGUCAGGCAUAGCUUAUUCCCGGAGGGAUGAUGGUCCCCGGGCGCAACAUGAUCGGCCGGAGCAACGGCGCCGGCGUCGCAUACGCUUCCUCCUCCUCCUCCGCGCUCUCCCUCGGCCAGAACUUGAUGGAUGGGGUGCACCACCACCAGCUCCCAGCAAUGCUGCAGCAUCAGUUGAUGGAUCACCAUCUUCUUCUUCCCCAGCACCAGCACCAUCAGCAGCAGGCGACUAGCGAGAGCGACGCCCGUGGCCCUCACGGUGGCGGCAACAACAACAGCAGCAUCAACAACGAGGAGCUGGAGAUGAGCAAGUCAGGUACUGGCAGUGACAACAAUCUCGACGGAGGAGGCGACGGUGGCGCCGGGGAGGAAGAUGAGCAGGAGGACCCGGCCGGGCAGCACCCCCGCAAGAAAAAGCGUUACCACCGUCACACGCAGCACCAGAUCCAGGAGCUUGAGGCCUUCUUCAAGGAGUGCCCCCACCCCGACGACAAGCAGCGCAAAGAGCUCAGCCGCAGCCUCAACCUCGAGCCCCUCCAGGUCAAGUUCUGGUUCCAGAACAAGCGCACCCAGAUCAAGACUCAGCACGAGAGGCAGGAGAACACCGCGCUGAGGUCCGAGAACGACAAGCUGAGGGCGGAGAACAUGAGGUACAAGGAGGCGCUGGCCAACGCGUCGUGCCCAAACUGCGGCGGCCCGGCGGCCAUCGGGGAGAUGUCCUUCGACGAGCACCACCUGCGCAUCGAGAACGCGCGCCUCCGCGACGAGAUCGACAGGAUCUCCGCCAUCGCCGCCAAGUACGUCGGCGGAAAGCCCGUUGUUGGCGCGGUCUCCUCGGCCGCCUACCCGCCGCUACCGCCGCAGUCGUCCGGCCGCUCGGCGCUCGAGCACCACCUGGGAGGCAUGUUCGCCGGCGCCGAGUUCGACAAGCCGAUGGUGAUCGAGCUGGCCGUGGCCGCCAUGGAGGAGCUCGUCCGGAUGGCGCAGCUGUGCGAGCCGCUCUGGAUCCCGUCCAUCGACGGCGAGGCGCUCAACGAAGAGGAGUACGCGCGCGCCUUCCCGCGUGGCGCGCUGGGCCCUAAGUCACCGGAGCUCAGGUCGGAGGCGUCGCGGGAAACGGACGUGGUGAUCAUGAACCACAUCAGCCUCGUUGAGAUGCUCAUGGACGUGCGCCAGUGGUCUGCCCUCUUCUCCAGCAUUGUGUCCCGCGCGGCCACGCUCGACGUGCUCUCCACUGGCGUCGCCGGCAACCACGAUGGCGCGCUUCAGCUCAUGUCCGCCGAGUUCCAGAUGCCGUCGCCGCUGGUGCCGACGCGGGACACCCAGUUCCUUCGCUACUGCAAGCAGCAUCCGGGCGGCGCGUGGGCCGUGGUCGACGUCUCUCUCGACGGCCUCCGUUCUGCCGCAGCGCGCGGCCACUUCCGCCGCCGCGCAUCCGGGUGCCUCAUCCAGGAGAUGCCCAACGGGUACUCCAAGGUGACAUGGGUGGAGCACGUCGAGGCCGGCGAUGACGCCAUGGUGCACGACCUGUACAAGCCCCUGGUGAACUCCGGGCUGGCAUUCGGGGCGCGGCGAUGGACGUUGACUCUGAAGCGGCAGUGCGAGCGGCUGGCGAGCGCCAUGGCCACCGUACCGGCCUCCGGCGGCGACGUGAUCACGACAGCGGAAGGGCGGAGGAGCAUGCUAAAGCUUGCAGAGCGGAUGACAGCGAGCUUCUGCGGCGGGGUGACCGCGUCAACGACACACCAGUGGACGACGCUCUCCGGCAGCGGCGCGGAGGACGUGCGCGUGAUGACCCGCAAGAGCGUCGACGACCCCGGCCGCCCGCCGGGGAUCAUCCUGAACGCCGCCACCUCUUUCUGGCUCCCCGUCCCUCCCUCCCGCGUCUUCGGCUUCCUCCGCGACGACUCCACCCGCAGCGAAUGGGACAUCCUCUCCAACGGCGGCGUCGUCCAGGAGAUGGCCCACAUCGCCAACGGCAGCCACCACGGCAACGCGGUCUCCCUCCUCCGCGUCAACAACGCGAACUCGAACCAGAGCAACAUGCUGAUCCUGCAGGAGUGCUGCACGGACACAACGGGGUCGUACGUGGUGUACGCGCCGGUGGACGUGGUGGCCAUGAACGUGGUGCUCAACGGCGGGGACCCGGACUACGUGGCGCUGCUGCCAUCAGGGUUUGCCAUCCUGCCCGACGGACCGGCUGGCGCGCCGGACGCCGGCGGGUCGCUCCUCACCGUGGCGUUCCAGAUCCUCGUCGACUCCGUGCCCACCGCCAAGCUCUCGCUGGGAUCCGUCGCCACCGUCAACAGCCUCAUCGCCUGCACCGUCGAGCGCAUCAAGGCCGCCGUCGUCGUCAGCGCCGGGGACAACGCCGCCGCACCCUGCGCCACCCGGUGACCGCAUCGAUCCAUCCGUCGUGCUCAACGGAGAUUAAGGGAGGGAUCAAGAGCGGACCCGGAGAUUUAAUUAGCGAUGUGGGAAGUCAAGAACGCACCGCAGACUGUCCUUGCCAAGUGUUGUUUGCAUUGCAUAAGCUUCAGCUUAUCAUCCCCUUUCCUCUUCCCAGCAUAAUCCAAUCACCACCACCACCACAAGCAAACACAACACAAUCAGCAAGAAGGGAUCAAACCACAGAGGAACACAACUUAGGUCCUACGAUCAUGGCUGCAUACAUGUGCACGCAUUAACAUGUCAUAGGCUCUGAGUUGUGUUGCUUAAUUAACUAGUUUCAAUUCAUCAACAUAUUUACUACAUGUUUGUGUUUGCUUCGUAGUAGACUUAGCAUGCAUCCUUCUCUCAAUUAGAUCAUCAUGUCAUGAAAAUUCAGAAGCAAGCAGGCAACAACACUCUGCAAGGGCGGUUGGUUCGGGUAUUGACUUCUCUUUUAGUUUUCUCUCUCUGGGUUGCCAUUCCCUCUCUAGGAUGAUCAUUCAGGAUCUAGAUUUUCAGUUUGGUGAAUUUCGUUGUCAUCUGUUUUGUUAUGCUGUGCUCUCUCCAUCUCUGUGUGGAGGGGGUGUCUCUUUAAAUUAGACUUUCGUAACUUGUAUGUUAUGUUUGCAACAAUAUAAUUUGGAUUCUUUUUUUGCAUU